AUGCAUCUUGGAGCGGGCAGGACUGGAGCGAGCUACACAAGGCGCUGGGUGAGCCCGGUGCGGGAAGAAGGACGCUCGUGUGUGGUCGCGUGUCGACUGGGUCGCGGAUUGUGUGUGUCGGGAUCGUGGCUGGGCGGAAACCAAGACCUCGUCAUCAACCGAAUGGCGGGCCGUCUAGAGCUGCGCUGGUGCUGCUGCCGUAAUGGUGGUGGGAUGCGCCCCACGUUUAUUCUUGUUGACGACCUACGGACAGUGCGGUGUGCACAUACAGGAAGGUAUGGCCCACUAUAUCGCUGUUAUUGGGCUACUGUUACUGGAAGGAGCUCUGCUUGGCUGGCGAAAAGCUUCAUCGAAAGCUCACCUCGUCUUCACGAAUACAAUCGACAUCUGCCCCAGCCUCCCAUCCCAAUUGUGACGGGACCAAACCUCGAUCAAUCGACUUCGACAAGCCUACCGUCUUUUCUCCGAAACGCCUUACGAAUGGCGUCCCUCUUGCACCCGCCGAACCACCUCACGCCGGCCGAGGCGCUGUCGCUGUCGCAGCGCGCGCCGGCCGUGCUGAAGAGCCUGCCCAGCAGAGCCGGUGCAUCGGCUCUGGAGUCGCUUGUGUCGCCCAUUGAGAGCCCCGAGGUCUGGCUGUCGUACGAGAACCUGCUGAUUUCGUGCCUACGGACGGGCGAUCUCGAGUCGGCGCGGGAGUGCGUCCGGCGGCUUGUGCAGCGGUUCGGCGACGACAACGACCGGGUCAUGGCCUUGCAGGGGCUGGUCCAGGAGGCCGAGGCAAACGACGAUGCGAGCUUGCGGGCGGUGCUCAAGGGCUACGACGACAUUCUGGCCAAGGACAAUACGAACGUGGUGAGUCGAUGA